UGAAAACAAAAUCCCACGUGACUGGCUCGGCUCUUAGACUAUCAUGGCGUCUCCCAGUGGGAAGGGAGCCCGGGCGCCUGAGGCUCCUGGCUGCGGGCCCCGGCCACUCGCCCGGGACCUGGUCGACUCGGUUGACGACGCGGAGGGGUUGUACGUGGCGGUCGAGCGGUGUCCACUGUGCAACACCACCCGCCGGCGGCUGACCUGUGCCAAGUGUGUCCAGAACGGCGAUUUCGUCUACUUCGACGGCCGCGACCGUGAGAGGUUUAUAGACAAGAAGGAACGGUUAAGUCAACUUAAGAGCAAGCAAGAAGAAUUUCAAAAACAAGUGUUAAAAGCUAUGGAAGGAAAACGGAUAACAGAUCAGUUGAGAUGGAAAAUAAUGUCCUGCAAGAUGAGGAUUGAACAACUGAAACAAACUAUAUGUAAAGGAAACGAAGAAAUGAAGAAAAAUUCUGAAGGCCUUCUCAAAACCAAGGAAAAGAAUCAGAAGCUUUACACUCGAGCACAACGGCAUCAAGAGAAAAAGGAGAAGAUUCAGAGGCAUAAUCGCAAACUUGGUGACCUAGUAGAAAAAAAAACCAUUGACUUGAGAAGUCAUUAUGAGCGUCUGGCAAAUCUUCGGAGAUCCCGCAUAUUAGAGCUCACCUCUGUCAUUUUUCCAAUCGAGGAAGUAAAGACUAGUGUGAGAGAUCCUGCAGAUGUGUCUUCAGAGAGUGACAGUGCCAUGACCUCCAGCACCGUGAGCAAGCUUGCUGAAGCCCGGAGGACGACUUACCUCUCGGGGCGAUGGGUCUGUGAUGAUCACAAUGGGGACACAAGCAUUAGCAUUACAGGGCCUUGGAUUAGCCUUCCCAACAACGGGGACUACUCUGCCUACUACAAUUGGGUGGAAGAGAAGAAAACCACACAGGGGCCUGACAUGGAGCAUAAUAACCCCGCUUACACAAUCAGUGCUGCGUUGUGCUAUGCGACUCAGCUGGUCAACAUUUUGUCUCAUAUACUCGACGUAAAUCUUCCCAAAAAGCUGUGCAACAGUGAAUUUUGUGGAGAAAAUCUUAGCAGACAGAAAUUUACUCGAGCAGUGAAGAAACUGAAUGCAAAUAUUCUUUAUCUUUGCUUUUCUCAGCAUGUAAAUUUAGAUCAAUUACAACCACUGCAUACCCUCAGGAAUCUAAUGUACCUGGUCAGCCCCAACUCUGAACACCUAGGCAGGUCAGGACCCUUUGAAGUGCGAGCAGACCUCGAGGAGUCCAUGGAAUUUGUGGGUCCUGGAGUUGCUGGAGAAUCCGACGAGAGUGGAGACGAGCACAUAAGUGACGACGAAACUGACCUGGGCACAGACUGGGAGAACUUGCCGAGCCCCCGGUUUUGUGACAUCCCUUCCCAGCCUGUGGAAGUCUCACAGAGCCAGAGUUCCCAGGUGUCCCCGCCCAUCGCGAGCAGCAGUGCUGGCGGGAUGAUCUCCUCCGCCGCAGCCUCGGUGACCUCCUGGUUUAAAGCUUACACUGGACACCGCUAAUGAGCAUGGACCAAAACAUGCCAGAUCUGCAUCAGGAAAGUAAACUAGUGAACUGUAUAUUUAGGUAAGAUUGUGCCUGGAACAAAAGGAGGUUAAACUGGUUUUUUUAAAGCAGAGAGACAAGCAUUUCUAUUUGUCAAAUGGCCAGUGGUGGUGACCGACAUGCCUAUGAUAAUUAAUAGAACAGAGAGGUCAAAGGUCAUCUACCCAGACUACUGUGGGUGGAAGAUGGACCAGUAAACAUGGGCAGUUCUGUUGAGGCAGAAAUUCAUUUGGGCUCCCUCUGAGCACAGGCCACAGGACCCACAGACGGGCUGACAUGUAGGUCCUUGCGAUGGUGAGACUCGUGAACAUUUUGCAUUUUAGAGAUUGAAUCACAAAGAAGUGGUUCUUAACAAUUAGGACUUGAAAUAUGAGUUUGAUAUGUUUGUUUUUAUGCCAUCAUUUUUGUACAGAGAACCAGCAAAUGUUUGAUAUACUUGAUUUCUUUAUAAUUUGGUCAUGUUUGGUUUUUAGGUCAAGGAUUUUGGUUUUGUGUGGAAGGGGUGGUAUUUUUGGUGGGGAGGGGACGGGUAGCUUAAAAAUUACUUCAUUUGUGCUGCUCUGUCGUAGCUCGUCAGACAUUCCUGUUUUCCUUUCUCCCCGCACACCAAAGAAACUUAAGGUCUUUUUGUCUUUAGGACCCACAUCCACGAACAGAAGAAAUUCUAGCUGCAAUAAUGUCCUGGAGAUUUUUUAACCUAUUUUCCUAUAUUCUGAGAGGAAUUAAGUUCAUUCUUACCUAGAUGACUGAAUUCCUACCAUCCACACUAUGUGCAUUUUGAAACUGAACUUAGGUUAAGUCAUUAAAGUCAUUCGCUUAUGUAAGCUAAAUGCCUGCCUGGGCACAGGUUAAAAGCCACUUAAUUAAGUGGCCUCUGCUCAUUCUUCUGGUGUCCAAUUUCUUUUUAAGGGAUUUAGUAGGUGGCAGGUUUUUUCCAGGAAAAACUAUCCCACUCGUUUGUUUCCUAGAGGUCGUUGCUGCUCUGAGGACACUACCUUCCUCCAGAAACGCAGAGCAGGUCACUGUAGCUGACACUGCACUCUCCUGGGGAGAGAGCUCCCCGGGCAGAACUGUCCCUCACCAAGAGGUCAUUUUCAACCGUGUCUUGUCAUUCUUAGUGACAAUCUUAUAAGAAAACCAUAGAGAGGCAUUAUGUACAAACAUGUAAGUAGUUUUUUAUUUUUAAUAACUGCAAAAAAAAAUUCUAUGUAACAACUACAAAAAGAAAUCCUAUGAAAAAUUCCUAACAGGCAUUAUUACCAUAUCUUGUUAGUGUGAUUAGCAUGAUAGUACCUCAGAUAAGUCAUUUAGAGGUUUGCCCCACCCUAGCUUCUUUUCUCAUUAUAAUUAUUAUAGAUACUUUGCCUCCAAAUCCGAGGUGCUAUAUAGCUUUUGCUAUUGGUAUAUUUAAUGUUCAGUAGAGUGUCGAGUAGAAUUGCAGAAGGGUGUUUAUUCCUUUCCAGGAGUCCCAAGUUCCCCUUCUAUGAAUUUUCUAGUUGGAGAGGAAACAGGCUUUUCUGUUUUAACUGCUCGGUUUCAUGAUUGCUGUACUUGUGUUGUACCGUCCAGGCCUGUAACUCAUAGAGAAUGGGUGUGAUAGGCUUGAACAAAUACCAAAUGAACUUAAAAUCCCAUGAGAUAAGAGUUGUCCAGGUACUUCAAACCCUCAAAAAGAAGUGCCUAGUCUCAAGAGUUGGAAGACUGGGAUUUGAGGCUUGAGGGUAGAGGCUGACUUCAGCUGAAAGAUGCACAUGAGUCAUGGUUUUUCUCAAGUAAGCCUCUUAUGAAACCAUGAAUGUGAGAUAAAGCUAACGAAUAGAAUCCAGAGAUCACAAACUCAUACCUAGAGUAAUUCAACAAACCUUACAAGGAUAUGGGAAAUUUAGGGAUUGAUAGGGUAUAUUUUGUUGUUGUUAAUAUCACCUAGAGGCACUUUACUUAGGGUUAAAUGAUCAAACCCUUUGGUGGCUAUGAACACCAACAUACUGGCUUACACUGCUGAGGUAUUUUGGUUUUCAUUAUUUUGCACUGGAUCCACCUGUAAAUAGUCUUAAAUAUACAUUUCAACCACUGUUUUUUCUACUUUCUUUGCUGCUCAUUAAAAUCUUUAAUUUAGGUGCCAGAACCAUAUGUAAACAAUUUUUUUUUAAUUGAAGCUGGUGUUUGUUUUGUUUUUUUUUAAACAAAAAGCCAUAGAACUUGGUUCUGUUUUCCAUAUUAAAAUGAUUUGUUGAAACAAGGUAAUAUUAAUAAAACCCGGAGGCACCAAAUAGGCUGCUUAAAAUGGCCUGCUAAACACAUUUUUGUGAUGGAAUAUGACUAAGAAAAGUUUUGCACAUCUGUAAGUUAAGGUGAAAAACAAUAUGUCAGCAUUGGGUAUAGCAGACAGGAUUCACUUAAGGAUUUGUGUAUUGAUGAUUUGGGAAAGAGCAUUUGGUGGCAUGCUGUUAAAAAGAACUAUAGUACCGGAGAAUCUCAUGGCGUCAUGUUGCAGGAACUUCCCAUUGCUCUGCAACUUCCAAACCGGUUUGAGUCAUACAAAUGUUUUCUAAACUUUUAUUGUAUUAUUGCAAUAAAUCUUUUAACAAUAUUUUUCUAA